AUCCCGGCUUCGUCGGCCCAUCCUUGCAUAGCGCUGUUUCGAACUUUCGAUCCACCCCUUCACUGCCACCCUACGAAUACAGUCAGCAAUCGCCAUUAAAUUUGUCGCGAAUCCUGUCAGCCGUCAAUCGAGCGGGAAGAACAACCCAAGAGCAACAGGAACGGAAACAGAAACAAAACUAGAAAGAAAUCUAGAUAUAUAUCAAGCAAUACACAAUGCCUACUUCAUUGGAUUCAUCCCGCCCAAUUAUGGCACCCUCUACUAUCGGAUCUCCUCGCGCCUCGAUGCGCUACAGCACAUAUAGCACAGCGCCUUCGCUGGCCGCGACAGUACAGACAACCGACUCAGCGCAUGCCGAAAUUCGUGACAUAGAGACCGGACUUGCGCGUAUGGAAAAUAAGGCUUUAUCGCAACAGCGUGUCGUAUUAUCCGAGGAAAAGUCAGCCAACCUGAACAAACUUGCUCUCGGUGCCAAACUCGAUCGCGCUCUCGACCGUCGCAUGACUAGCCAAGACGCCGUGAUGAGACCCAGAAACCGAAGCAUCCCCGAAAAAGAAGAACAAGACCCGGAGAAGCAACAAUAGAGUGAACGAAGAAUGCGAUUAAAUGAAUAAGACGUGAGCAAUACGGCAUUUUAGAGGAUGAUACCAUACGAGCGAUAGCCAUAGCCAUGAGUUGAAGUCUUUUUUUCCCCUCUUUCAACGUUGUUUUUUCUUGGUUGGGACGUCUUGUAUAGGUAGGGUUGAGAGGGAUACUAUUUUCUCAUUACUGGAGGGUAUUCACGGUUAUCUGCAUUGGUUGGGCUCUUGUUUAUUGUUGGAUGACAAUAUUCGAGGUUAGGGGACUUGUCUUCCCACCAGAUCGCAGAUGAGGUGUCAUAGAAGAUCAAGGGACGU